AUGGCUUAUUCAAAAAUUAAUAUUCAACAAGAAGAUCAAGACUUCAAAAAAGAAGUUGAAGAAAUUAAAAAAUGGUGGUCACAACCUCGUUGGAACAAAACAAAAAGAAUUUAUCAACCUGAAGAUAUUGCAACAAAAAGAUCAUCAUUAAAAAUUGAUUAUCCAUCAUCUGUUCAAGCUAAAAAAUUAUAUAAAUUAUUAGAAGAACAUGAUGCUAAUAAAACUGCUUCAUUCACUUUUGGUGCAUUAGAUCCAAUUCAUGUUGCUCAAAUGGCUAAAUAUUUAGAUACAAUUUAUGUUUCAGGUUGGCAAUCAUCUUCAACUGCUUCAACUUCAAAUGAACCAUCACCAGAUUUAGCUGAUUAUCCUUAUGAUACUGUUCCAAAUAAAGUUGAACAUUUAUGGUUUGCUCAAUUAUUUCAUGAUAGAAAACAACGUGAAGAAAGAUUAAAUUUAUCUGUUGAAGAAAGAUCAAAAUUACCUUAUACUGAUUUCUUAAGACCAAUUAUUGCAGAUGCUGAUACUGGUCAUGGUGGUAUUACUGCGAUUAUUAAAUUAACAAAAUUAUUUGUUGAACGUGGUGCUGCAGGUAUUCAUAUUGAAGAUCAAGCUCCAGGUACCAAGAAAUGUGGUCAUAUGGCUGGUAAAGUUUUAGUCCCAAUUCAAGAACAUAUUAAUCGUUUAGUUGCUAUUAGAGCUUCUGCUGAUAUUUUGGGUUCUGAUUUAAUUGUUGUUGCAAGAACUGAUUCUGAAGCUGCAACUUUAAUUACUUCAACUAUUGAUCAUAGAGAUCAUUAUUUUAUUGUUGGUGCUACUAAUCCUGAUGUUGGUGAUUUAGCUCAAUUACAAUAUGAAGCUGAAUCUAAAGGUAUUUAUGGUGCUGAAUUACAAGCUAUUGAAGAUGAAUGGACCAAAAAAGCUGGUUUAAAAUUAUUCCAUGAAGCUGUUAUUGAUGAAAUUAAUGAUGGAUUUUAUCCAAAUAAACAAGAAUUAAUUAAACAAUUUACAUCAAAAGUUAAUCCAUUAUCACAAACUUCCAAUAAAGAAGCUCGUGUUUUGGCUAAGAAAAUUUUAGGUAAAGAUAUUUAUUUCAAUUGGGAUGCACCAAAAGUUCGUGAAGGUUAUUAUCGUUAUAUUGGUGGUACUCAAUGUGCAGUUAAUCGUGGUCGUUCAUAUGCUCCAUAUGCUGAUAUGAUUUGGAUGGAAUCAAAAUUACCAGAUUAUGAACAAGCUGUUGAAUUUGCAACUGGUGUUAAAUCAUUAUAUCCAGAUCAAUGGUUAGCUUAUAAUUUAUCACCAUCUUUCAAUUGGAAUAAAGCUAUGAGUCCAGAAGAUCAAGAAACUUAUAUUAAAAAAUUAGCAAAAUUAGGUUAUAUUUGGCAAUUUAUUACUCUUGCAGGUUUACAUACAACUGCAUUAGCUGUUGAUAAUUUCUCUAGAGAUUAUGCUAAAAUUGGUAUGAGAGCUUAUGGACAAAAUGUUCAAAAACCUGAAAUUGAAACUGGUGUUGAAGUUGUUAAACAUCAAAAAUGGUCUGGUGCUGAAUAUAUUGAUAAUUUAUUAAAGACUGUUACUGGUGGUAUUAGUUCAACUGCUGCUAUGGGUGCUGGUGUUACUGAAGAUCAAUUUAAAGAUAAACAUUAA